AUGCCGCAAAAGGAAAGGGUGUCUGUGGUCUGGUUCAAGGCGACGGACCUCCGCACUCACGACCACGAGCCCUUGAGCCUUGCGCACGCGGCGGGGCUCCCCGUACUGCAUCUCUACGUGCUGGACCCCCGGUGGUUCAAGCCAACGAAGCUGGCCGGCUUUCCCCGCACCGGUCCGCGUCGUGCACGUUUCCAGCUGGAGGCCUUGGCGGAUCUGAGCCGGCGACUUGAGGCUGCAGGGCACAAGCUGUGUGUUCGGCGCGGACUCUCCACAGUCCGCGCCUUCGAGGAACUCUGUGAGGACUUCGAUGUGGCAGCAUGCUAUGCCAGCAGGGAGAUUUGCGCGGAAGAGCUGAGGCUGGAGCAGAAGGUGCAAGAGGUCUUGAAGGCAAAGGGUGCAAGACUAGAGCUCUGCUGGACUUACGAGUUGCACCACUAUGAGGACCUGCCCGCAGAGGUCAGGAAGAAGGGCGCCUCGGGUUUCUCUGGCUACCGCCGCUGCUUCUCCGAACGAUGCAAGGUCCGGGAUCCCCUGCCUCGCGUCGACCUGAAGUCGGCUCCAGGCGUCCACUGGCCGCGUGUCGAGGGGCUGCCCUCCGACGUCCGCGACCUCGGCUUGUCACAGGCGCCGGAAUCCGAUGACCGAGCGGAAGUCGCUUGGGAGGGGGGCGAAACAGCCGCAUUGGCCAGGCUCGAGGAGUACUUUUUUGCCACCAACGCCGUCGCUCUGCAGUUUGUGGGCGCAACCAACUUCCCGCACGAUGGGCAUAGCAGCACGGCAGAAGGAUCGCAGUCGAAACUGUCUCCUUGGCUCGCCCAUGGCUGCCUGUCCGUCAGGUACCUCUAUGCAGAGCUGAAGCGCUACGAGCGGGAGCGCCGGCACACGGACUCCACCGCCCGCAUGGUGCACGAGCUCUACUUCCGCGACUUCGUGCGCUUCAGCGCGCUGCAGAAAGGCAGCAAGAUCUUCAAGCUGGAGGGCAUCUACGGCCGCCACCCUCCGGGUGGCUGGCUCCAAGAGGAUGGUUUCUUGAUGCCCUGGUGCCAUGGGCAGACGGGCUUUCCCUUCCUGGAUGCCUCCAUGCGUGAGCUCAAGGCCACAGGCUCCUGCUGCCACGCAGGGCGAGAGGUUGCCGCAUGGUUUCUGGUGUGUGACCUGGGCAUUGACUGGCGGCUGGGAGCGGAAUGGUUCGAGUCGACCUUGAUCGACUACGAGCCGGCGGCCAACUGGUUUAACUGGUCGUUCACCUGUGUGCCCCGUGCCACGGGCGGCAACAGCAUCCAGGAGGAGGCCAAGCCCUUGAGGCCGCCCCGCACGCGGCUGCAGACGCUUGAGGCCAUCUACUGGGCAGCGCAGCAAGACCCGGACGGAGAGUACAUCAAGCGCUGGGUCCCCGAGCUCCGCGGCCUGGCCGGAGACCUGGCUCGGGAGCCUUGGAGGGCCACCAGCGAAGAGCCCCAGGUGGCGCAACGUGUGGGGACAGCUCCGGAGGAGUGGGCCCCAGCAGUCGCCCGGGAGCGCGAGCGCAUCGGCUGGGCGCGACGCACGUUUCCAGCGGGGGGCUCCCAGGUGGCUGUCUGGUGGGGCUGUGUGCGGGCUAGAGGCACAGCCGCGAAUGCGAGUGCUUCGGCGCCGGCGGAGCGGAGGCUCGAUCCGGAUGAUGGCAAGGAGUACUCGCUCGAGGAGCUGAAGACAAAGUACAGAGGCCAGUACAAGCUGGAGGAGGUCCGCUUGUACUGGAAGGACACCUGUGAACCGCUUGAGGUUCGAACUGACCCUGAGGAUGGCAAAGCCUACACACUGGCUGAGCUGCAUGCCAGGUAUCGGAAGCAGUAUACUCGGCAAGAGGUCGCGGAAUACUUCAAGUCGUCCUGCGUCCGUGUGAAGGAGCAGGGUGGUUCAGCUGCUCCUCGUGCAAAGGCAACGGGAUGGCCCGAGGGGUACCCAUUGCCAUUGCUCCCACCAGCAUCCUUCUUCAGCAUCGAGGAGAUCGCCGAGCAUUCCCGGCGCGGGCAGGCGCGGAAAGCGGCGAAAGCUGCACGGAUCGAGCUUGACAUGGGCGGUGGCGUCUCAGGUAGGGACGCGGGUCCCUACCCUAAGAAAGAAAGAGAGAUGCCAAAGUCACAGGCUCCCCGACGAUGGGCCAAGACGGCGAGGGACACGUGA